UCCUGUGUUCCUUCUGAGCUAAAUCACCUGGUUUUAGGUAUACCACAGAAAAAGGGCUUGGUAGAAAUAAAUACAUCAGCUCUAACUGCAGCAACACACUGUACUUUGACCUACAUUUCAUUGGCUCUUAAUGCUAAGUAUUUGUGUCCUGCAGCCAAAUGGAGAUGGUUCCUUUCAAAGGCUGCCCAUUACAUCUAACAGUAUUGUGUUUAAUCAUUAUGAUAGUAAUUAUUUUCAUUGUGUUCCUUUGACCCUGGAGCAAAACUAAGCAGCUGCUCUAAAGUUAACCCUUUCCUUUCUUCAGCUUCAAACGUUAGGUCUUUUUUUUACCCAUGGUUGUUGUGUGGUCAGUGAACAGGGUUAAUUACAGAACUUCACUUAAAACAUAAUCACAGCCUGAAAUAAUUUUUUUUUAUCCACUAGCAUGAUGUAUUUUUUUUAAAUGUAUCUAUUUAAUUUUGCUUUAUCUAACAGAUUAACGGUGGACUGACUAUCACGUUCACACUUGCACAAAUCCUGAGCUCCUCUCACAGACUAUAACAACACAUAUUCAUUCACAUCAUUUUUGAACAUGGAGUCCAUGAAGGUCCAGUCAGAGGGUGGACUGAAUGUGACCCUCACCAUCAGGCUGCUGAUGCAUGGAAAGGAGGUUGGAAGCAUCAUAGGAAAGAAAGGGGAAACGGUGAAGAAAAUGCGUGAAGAUAGCAGUGCUCGCAUAAAUAUCUCUGAGGGUAACUGCCCUGAACGGAUAGUCACCAUCACUGGACCCACAGAUGCUAUUUUCAAGGCUUUUGCUAUGAUCGCAUACAAGUUUGAGGAGGAUAUCAUAAAUUCUAUGAGCAACAGUCCAGCCACCAGCAAACCUCCUGUGACUCUGAGGCUGGUCGUCCCUGCCAGUCAGUGUGGUUCACUGAUUGGCAAAGGAGGCUCAAAAAUUAAAGAAAUGAGAGAGUCCACAGGCGCACAAGUUCAGGUUGCAGGUGACAUGCUACCUAACUCCACAGAGAGAGCAGUGACCAUCUCGGGGGCCCCUGAAGCCAUCAUCCAGUGUGUCAAACAGAUUUGUGUGGUGAUGCUGGAGGUAUGCUCUCAGUCCCCACCGAAAGGUGCCACAAUCCCCUACCGCCCCAAGCCUGCCGCCAACCCUAUCAUUUUUUCAGGUGGCCAGGCUUACACUAUUCAAGGACAGUAUGCCAUCCCUCAUCCAGAUUUGAGCAAGCUCCACCAGUUGGCUAUGCAGCAAACCCCUUUUACCCCCCUUGGACAGACCACCCCUGCCUUCCCUGAGUGUGGAGUUGGUCACUCUUCACCACCUUUAAAUGUCCAAUACUAUUUUGCUAUUUCAGCAGCAGGUCUGGAUGCCAGUAACCAGGCCAGUACUCAUGAACUCACCAUUCCCAAUGAUCUAAUAGGCUGCAUAAUUGGACGCCAGGGAACCAAAAUCAACGAGAUCCGUCAGAUGUCUGGGGCACAGAUCAAAAUUGCUAACGCCAUGGAAGGGUCAUCAGAGCGCCAGAUUACCAUCACAGGGACACCCGCCAACAUUAGCCUGGCCCAGUACCUGAUCAAUGCAAGGUCUGACAUUUGACCCAGACACAGCAAUAUGUAUUAUUAGCCAAUAAUUUAAUAUUAUUACAGUAUUUUUAACAUUAUAUUCAUAAUAUUUAGCUUUAUAUUCCUAUGCUAGACCUUAAAAAUUAGUAAUCCAGAGCAAUUUAGCAGCAAUUUAGCAGCAAACCUAGCAAACCUGUGUGACAAAUUGUCGCCUGUUUGACGCCCCUCUAGGUUCAGAGACGUGGCGGCAAUGUGGAAUGACCCAUCCUCCAUGACAACAUCCUGAGAUCCCUGACUGGCUCAUAGAUUUGGCCCCUUUCUAAUCACUGAAUACCACUGA